CUGAUAUUUAUAUCGCAAAUGUGAGAAAAUAAUUGAAUAAUUUUAAAAUGCAGUUUGGAUGGUAAAGGAGGACUGUUUAAUCCUUUUUGAUGAAAAAGAAGGUUAUUGAUAUCACAGAUGUAUUAGAGGUUUAUUUCUUUGGCCUAUCGCUUCUGGUAGGUUCCGAGCAAUUUUAUACGCUCGUAUCCCAAACUAAAGCCUCGCCUGAGUUUCAGUGGUAUUUGUUCUUGGUGGUCGUAUUUGGCACUCUGCUGGUUAUUUUAAUAUUGCCUAAUGACCAUUUUGGUGAUUUCAUAUACUUAUCUCAACUCUACUAUGUAGUUCCUUUGGUCAUAUUAGUUGUUUUUGUAUGGGUUAAAGUAACAUCAGUUCUAGUUACAACCUCUGUAACAAUCGGAAUAUCAAUCUUUACAACAUUCCUAGUGAUUGAGGCAUGUGUUCACUACUCCUACAGCACUGAGUUAGUUCUUACAUUCCUUGCUGGUCUAUUAUCAGCGAGGAUAUUACCGGGUUUGUGUUGGGUUUUAACUCAGGGUGAAGAUAAUGAGUCACAGUUUAGGAAAAUGUGGUUAACACUUGCUGUGGCUCGGUUGUCAUUCUGUUUGCUGUCACUAAGUAUAAUGGCAAUGAAGGGAAAGUAUCCAGUGUUGAAAACAUUCAAUUUUAGUAAAUUAGAUAACAUUUAUGGUAGUCUAGUCGAAGAUUUUAAACAGCUGUAUGAACAUUAUUCCAAAAGAUUUAAUUCCAGUAAAUGUAUUUCAGAUAAGUGUAAUUUCAAUAAAUGUACAAAUUUUUGUUUAGAAUUAUCAAUUGUGAGACAUAUUUUUCCCAUUAUUUGUUUUUAUUUGUCAUUCAUUUUAUUUUUGCCCUUGACUCCAGUCAUUCAAGUAUCUGGGGGCAAAAAAACAUAUUUUAAUUAUGCUCCACACAUGAUAACGUCUUUAACCAGAACUGAUUCAUUUUCUCACUUCUGUGGGUUUUGUGUUGGUAUCAUAUAUCCUGUUACUAUCACACACAGGGGAACAGAUUAUUAUUUCAUGAAUCUAAUAGUUUAUAUCCCAUAUCUGAUGAUUGUUGGCUAUUUGAGGUAUUUUGGCAGGUCCUUUUCACAAUACGGUAUUUACUUGAUAAUAAUGGUUUUGGCUUUUGGGUUGGGAUAUAAUUGUUCAUACAAUUUGGGCGUUAUUAUAAACACCAAUCUAAUUCAGAAUUGCGACAACAAAGGAACCCCUUUAAAUUCUUGUUGUGGAGAUAAAUUUCUUACUGAAUGCUAUUGUAGGUAUCCGGUAAUCAUUAAUAAGACAAACAAGUGCUUUUAUUCGCGUAGCAGUUUUUACACUUCAAGACCACAUGCAGCUAUUGUAGAAACAAAUAAAGAAGAAGAGCUAAUUAUUAAUAUUCCUCCUUUAACCCAGUGCCGUCUUUUUAACAGAUUUGCAUGUUCUAAGUCAUUCUCUGAAGGAAAUAGUUUGGAUUACUCUCCUUUAGAACCAAACGGGAUCCUGUUGGUACAAAAAGAUAUUGGAACCAGCGUGAGUGAAAUACGUAGACAGAUAGGGUGUGAGGGAAAUUGUUGUGCUGAACAAUGCAAAAAUGACAAGUGCGGUUUCUUUACAUUGGCUGGAAUAUACGAAAUAGAAACAGUUACAGCAACUACUUGUGAUGAAUGCCAGUUAACAGUAAGAAUUGAGGCUAAAAAUUGUAACCCUUGCACAUCAUGUGGAGGAGACACUGGAGGGUCUUGUACCUGCUCUAGUGGUACAGGUACAAAUUGUUGUUGUAUAUGCGUUAAAUGUUGUCCAGAAACAACUUGUGACAAGUGUGUUAAAUUGUGUUGUUGUAAAAAUUGCAAAAAAGAUAAAAUUAAAAACGGCGCCAGGGUCUUUAUGUGUUAUAAAAGUAAUGGCGUCUAUUGUGUUAGGGAGAUUACUCCGAAUAAUAGGCCAAAAUUUGACGAGAAAUUAGAUAAACAAAAUGAUUUUUAUAUUAAGAGUAUGUUCAUUUCAGAUUGUUGCCAUUCUGACAUCCAAGUUGAUUUACAUUGCAAAUUGAACAAUAAUUUCUUCAGGGUAACGGAGAUAAAAUAUGCAAAGAAACCAACCAUUCCAACCUCAAUUUUACUUUGUAGAAAGGAAUCAAAAUGCUGUACACAACAAGCAUCUCGUGCUGGUACUCAAACUUGUUGUUGUUCAAAACUUCCUAUUCAAAGAGUAUUAAUUGGAUAUCCUGAAGAACAAAUUUCUAAACCCUCUUGUCCUUGCCCAGAAACAUGCAAGAAUUGUCCUUGUUGCCAAAAUAGUAACCAAGGUAAACAGUGUUGUUGUUGCACAGGUGCUGAACUUGAAAUCUCGACAGAAAACUUAUAUGAAAAGAAAAUGAAACCUAUAAAAUUAAAGCUGAUAACUAUUUUCUGGAUAUUAUUUGCAUUGAUUUUAGCGGUGAUGUACCUGGCGGCGUCCAAAGACAAAGUCGGUGAUAUCAAGUAUUACAAUUUCAACCCUGUAACAUCCCAUAAGAUCAUUACAAAAAACACUAUAAAGAACAGUUUAAAUACUGCUGAUGAAGUAAAACGUAGAAUAGAUUGGUUUUUAAUGACCUCAGGGUUGGACAACGAUAGGUACAAUGAAGACCUAAAACAUAUGCUUAAACUUUUUGACUGUACACUCGAUCCUCGAGAGUUCACAUUCCUCAAGCAGAACUUGGAUGAAGUAUCUUCUAACCUACUGAGAGAUCCUCUCUUCAUUCUUAGGGCUAAAAUUGAGCUGGUUACAUGGAGUUGCUGCUUAGGAUUUGUGUAUACCUACAUCAUUGAGAUGUUUGUCAGAAUUCAAGCUUAUUUCAUAAAAUGGGAGCCAUUGUGGAGAAGAGAAUAUUAUAACUACAGGCAAUUGAUUUCAAAAAAUAUUAAUAAUAUAACAUAUGGGUCGAAGUUUGCAGUGGCAGCCUCGAACGAGUUGGAAAUUGGAUUUAAAACCAGACUGUUAAUUUCAAGGUCAAGGAAAGAAACAUGGGCAAGUGCUUUUGACAAAGUAGAAAAUUAUUUGGAUUUGUAUGAUAAGGAGAUUGAGUUACCCGAAGAACAAUUACCUAAAACAAUAGAGGAAAGGCUUCAGUACUUUAUCCGUAUAUGGGACGAUAGAAUAGUCCAUUUGGAGGAAUGGACGUCCUCAAGCACUAAUGUAUUCGACUGGGAUACAUUUUUGAUCCAAUAUCCAGAUAUAAGGACCUGGGUAAAUAUGUUCUGGAGGUAUAUAAGACUUGUGUCUAAAGAAUUUGAUUUAAAACAUAAGAAAUUUAACAAAGGAAUAGAAAUAUUUGAAAACUAUAAAAUCAAUUAA